GCAUCCGGAACAUGCGUCGCGCCGCGUGCCGAUCGCGCUGGGAACAUCUCGUCGUCGUCGUCGUCGUCGUCGUCGUCGUUAGUGCGACUCGCGUCAACAGCGAUCGCGAAGACAACCCUCGUACUCCGAGGCCGAUCGCGCUCCGAUCGAGGACGCCGAUCUCGCGGAUCGUCAGAGAGCGACGGGAUCUUGCUAUCGAUUCGCGGAACGAAUCGCUGGAUCGCCGUAGGACGCCAAGAUUUCCUUGGCCCCUGACUGAUAAGGAAGAGGCGACGAAGAGGGUCGCUUCGCCACCCCAUCUCGAAGUCUUCCUGGUCGCGGAGCGGAAGUUCAUCCCCGAUCGCGAGUAAACGUGCGUCAGUGAAUGGUGAAUGAAGGAUCGGUUGUAUGAGGAGCGAAGUCAGAAUACGCGGCGUAUAAUUUGCCUUCUCGUUCCCGAGAAGCCGUCAAGCUGUCUCUGAUUCCGGACCCCGCGACAUCUCCGGCGAGGUACCGAUUUAAGAUCGAUGUGAGGCGAGGCGUCGAUUUCCGCUGUCGCGUCGGGACGGAUCGGGGACCCGGAUUCGGCGCCGGGGACAGCUUCGUCGCUGGAUCGUACCCGGGGACGCGUCACCGACAUUCAUCCCGCGCGGGACCCGUCAUCCGGGCAGGCGACGUCAUCGCAUCGGCGAUCGUUCUUCGAUCGUCCGGCGGACGUCUCGGCCGCCGCGCGAAGAACCGCCGGUGUCAGACGGAGACGUAGAGGCGGCGGCGGAGGAAGAGGCGGAAGUGGUAGUAGUGGUGCUGGUGCUGCUGGUGGUGGCGGCGGUGGUGCAGGAAGAAGGCCCGCGGACGUGCAACAAGUUAAGAGGCCGCCGCCGUCGACGUCGCUGUCGCCGCCAGCGUCCUCGUCACGAUGUGACAUGGAUAUCCUCGCCGUAGCCUGCGCCCUCGUCGCGACGGCACUCUACUGCAACACCCUGCAAGCGGGUUUCGUCUACGAUGACCGAAGAGCGAUCUUGACGAAUCCUGACCUGCUAGCGAGCACACCGUGGUAUCGAUUGCUCGAGAAUGAUUUUUGGGGAACACCGCUGACGGAACGCGGUUCGCACGGCAGUUAUCGACCGCUUUGCGUGGCCACUUUUCGUCUGAAUCAUUCUCUAGGUGGUCUUGAACCCUGGGGCUAUCAUCUGGUGAACGUGGCGUUGCACGCCGCUUGUACCAUUCUCGUCGUCAAGGUUGCCAGAAAGGUCCUGCCAGGAAGGAGCAAUCUCGCGCACGCGAUCACGGGUUUCCUGUUUGCGGUCCAUCCCAUUCACAGCGAGGCUGUGGCCGGUAUAGUCGGACGUGCCGACCUUCUUGCCUGCUUCCUGACCUUGACAUCUUUCCUGACGUAUUCGGCCCAUUGUAAUCGCACGAGAUCGCCGUUUCCUCUUCUGCUGGCCUUGGUAUCAUCUACGCUGGCUACCCUUGCCAAAGAAACCGGCAUAUCGUCUCUGGCUCUCUGCCUUCUGUGGGAGCUCUGUCGCGGCGAGCCAAGUCGAAAGGGCAAUUGCGGAUUCACUCGAGGUCGCAGCGUCGGCAUUCUGUCAGGCGGUCUGGUGCUGCUCGCCCUGGGUCGACUCAGGCUCGUAGGCAGCAGGCCCGAGUUCGCGAGCGCGGACAAUCCGGCGGCGAGGCAUCCGUCGCGACUGACGCGCGGCCUCACGUUCCUCUAUCUGCCGGCGGCGAGCGCGAGAAUGCUGCUGUGCCCGAGCACGCUGAGCUUCGACUGGUCGAUGGACGCCGUGCCGCGCAUAACCAGCCCUCUGGACCCGCGCAAUCUGGAAUCGGUGUGCCUGUACGGCGCCCUGAUCGGCGCCGCCUUCUGGGCGAUCAGGGGUCUGCGACGACGACGUCGACGUAGCUCGUCGUCGACGAUGCUGAGCCAGCAGGUGUAUUCGGCGCGAGCGGCUACCUCGUCCAGGUGUCCCGUGUGCGCCGGCAGACGCACCGGCGGCUGUCACACCGACGGCUGUAGGGCGGCGAACAACAACAACAACAGUCCGCUCGGCGAUUGUCACUGUGCCAAGAGGCCGAGCAGCAGCAGCCACGUUGGCGUGAACGUUGGCGGCCGACAAGCGGCGGCCACCGCGGUCGCCGUCUCUCUGGGCUUCCUCGUACUCCCGUUCCUGCCGGCGAGCAAUCUCUUCUUCUACGUGGGUUUCGUCAUAGCCGAGAGGAUACUGUACCUGCCCAGCGUGGGCGCUUGCCUGGUCAUCGGCGCCGCGGUGUCCGGAUGCUAUCGGAUAGCGAGGAGAAACGGGUCCAAAACGCGCGGCAGAGCGGUGCUGCUGGCGACGGCGAUCCUCAUCUGCGUCAUGUCGGCGAAGACGCUCGUGAGGAACGCCGACUGGAGAGAUGAGGAGAGUUUGUACAGGUCCGCGCUGCAAGUCAAUCCGCCAAAAGCUUAUGGUAAUUUGGGGAGCAUUCUCAGCGAACAGGGUCGAAUAGCCGAAGCGGAGGAAGCGUUUGUUCAAGCUCUUCGCUAUCGACCGAACAUGGCAGACGUGCACUACAACCUAGGCAUCUUACAGCAGGGCAGGAAGAAUUACGAAGAGGCGAUUUUGAGUUAUCAACGAGCCAUUCAUUUCCGGCCUUCGUUAGCUCAGGCUUACGUGAACCUGGGGGCCGCGCUGAUUUCAGUCGGACGUGGGACGGAAGCGGCUGCGGUUUUGCGCGCCGGUGCAUCCUUGGACGGCUCCGGUCUCAAGGACAAAAGGGCUCACGAGGCGGCCAGGGUGCAGGCCCUCCUUCAAUUAGGCGCACUGUACGCCGAUCAGGGUAGAUUACAAAGAGCCCUGUCAGCGUACAGGGAAGCACUGCGCUCCCUGCCGGAUCACUAUCCACCUCAGAGCGUGUAUAAUCUGCUAGGGGAAACGCUGUCCAGACUGCAACAGUACGCGGAGGCGGAGAGGUGGUUCCAAGCGAGUCUGGCCAGCCAGCCUGACCACGUGCCGGCCCACAUCACUUACGGGAAACUUUUGGCACGGAACUCGAGCCGCGUCCUGGAAGCGGAGAGAUGGUUCCUGAGGGCCCGCAGAUUGGCGCCGGACGACCCCAGCGUGCACCAUCAUUACGGGCUGUUCCUGACGUCGCAGGGCCGCUUGGUGGAGGCUGCGGAAGAACAGCUGCGAGCGGCCGAGCUGUCGCGCUCCGACUACGAACUGUCAGUCGCGGCGGCCUCGGCGCUUCGGCAGGUCGAUCGUCGCGACGAGGCCGAGAUCUGGUAUCGACACGCGGCGAAUCUGAGGCCGCGCGAGGCCCGCAGUCACACGAAUCUCGGGGCGAUCCUACACCUGAACGGCAAGUACAAGCAGGCCGCCGCGGCUUACAGGGAGGCCCUCAGAUUGCAGCCGGGAGACGCGACGACCAUAACGAAUCUGCACAAACUGGCGGCGAUCUUGGCGUGACCUGACGAAACGAUGCGGAACGAGCGAGAGGGUGAUGACGAAGACACGAUGAUGAGGGAGAGAAGGAAGACAGUGCGUGUUCUGUACGACCUCGCGCGACGAGGAGGAAGAGGAGGAUCCCUUCUUACCGUGACAUUACCGUGUACCCCAAGACCCCCUACCGGCCCGAUCUUCCUACCGAUAUUCGUUUAUAUCUCUGCGUCGUUGGUGACGCGCGCGUUCACGCGCGGCCGACUCGUAUCGCCUGCUAUGAUAUGUGAAGAAUAAAAGCUUCCUUUAUUUUUCUCUAAUA